AUGAGCGGAAGCAAGAUUCAGGUUGCUGCUGUGCGCGAGGAGGUCCGUGCCCUCCUUGCUGCGUCUGCCGAGAGCAAGCGCAAGUUUGUCGAGACUGUCGAGCUCCAGAUCGGUCUGAAGAACUACGACCCGCAGCGCGACAAGCGUUUCUCGGGCACCAUCAAGCUGCCCCACAUCCCGCGCCCCAAGAUGACCGUGUGCAUCCUUGGUGACGCCCACGAUGUCGACAAGGCCAAGGCCAUCGACAUGCCGUUCCGCUCGGUCGAGGACCUCAAGAAGAUGAACAAGAACAAGAAGCUCAUCAAGAAGAUGGCUGCUUCGUACGAUGCGUUCAUUGCCUCGGAGGCCCUCAUCAAGCAGAUCCCGCGUCUGCUGGGUCCUGGUCUGCACAAGGCCGGUAAGUUCCCCACCCCCGUGUCGCACACCGACGACCUCACUGCCCGUGCCGACGAGAUCCGUGCCACCAUCAAGUUCCAGCUCAAGAAGGUUCUGUGCCUGGCCGUUGCCAUCGGUAACGUCAGCAUGGAGGAGGACGAGGUUCUCGGCAACAUCAUGCUUGCUGUCAACUUCCUGGUGUCGCUGCUCAAGAAGCGCUGGCAGAACGUCAAGUCGCUGUACAUCAAGAGCACCAUGGGCAAGCCCCACCGCCUGUACUAA